AUGUUUCUCCGGAAUCUGUAUAGGACUAGUGUUAAAUUAAAUAUUAGAAAUUAUUCACAAAACAAUUUGUUGAAAAGUCCUCCUAAGAUUUUAAUAACUGGUGGCCUCGGUCAGCUUGGCGUCGAAUGCGCGAAGUAUCUACGAAAAAAGUAUGGCCGGGAUAACGUUAUUCUCUCCGAUAUUAUCAAACCGACUCAAGAUAUAGUCAAUGACGGCCCUUACAUAUUCGUAGAUAUUUUAGAUUUCAAAGGACUACAGAAAAUCGUGGUCGAUCAUAGAGUGGACUGGCUUAUCCAUUUUUCGGCUCUUCUUAGUGCAAUCGGCGAGCAAAAUGUUUCUUUAGCUGUGCGAGUGAAUAUAGAAGGUGUUCACAACGUUAUAGAACUCGCCAAACAGUAUAAUCUAAGAAUCUUUGUACCUAGCACAAUAGGGGCUUUCGGUCCCGAUUCGCCUAGAAAUCCUACGCCUAACAUAACGAUACAAAGACCAAGGACAAUCUAUGGUGUAUCUAAAGUGCAUGCAGAGUUGAUGGGUGAAUAUUAUUAUCAUAAAUUCGGCUUGGAUUUCCGUUGUUUGAGAUUCCCUGGCGUCAUAUCUAGCGACCCACCCGGCGGUGGAACUACAGACUAUGCAAUCGCAAUAUUCCACGAAGUUCUCCGCAAGGGUCACUACGAGUGCUACUUAAAACCGGACACACGGCUCCCAAUGAUGCACGUCAAAGAUGCCUUACGAGCGCUCUCUGAAUACCUUGCUGUUCCUAAUGAAAAUCUUACUAGAAGAGUUUACAAUGUUACCGCAAUGGAUUUCACGCCAGAAGAGCUAACAGAUAAAAUGGCUGCAUAUUUGCCUGAACUGAAGAUCACGUACAGGCCUGACAGCAGGCAAGAUAUAGCUGAUUCGUGGCCGCAAGUUUUCGAUGACAGUGAAGCAAGACGCGACUGGAACUGGAAGCCACAAGUUGAUCUUGACGAACUCGUAAAGCUGAUGAUAAAAGAAGUCAAAGAGAAAAUAAUUGCCAAUGGGUCAUAG